ACGUCAGGACGUAUAAGAACUGGUGAACUGGAUUUUUGAACUGGUUCAUUAAAUCGAACUGUCCGAAAGAACCGGUUCGCGGAAAAGAAACGAACUUCCCAUCACUAGUGGAACACACUGCGACCGAAAAGUGACCAGUGUCUAGGACCAGUUUACCUUCAAAGGCAGAAAGCAGGUUGGAAGGAAUUUACGUCAUGACGUCAUUGUGAAUUACGUCAGGACGUAAAAGAAAAAAUUGUUUUUUGAAAUGUCCGAAAAAACGGUUCGCGGAAAAGAACCCAGCCAUCCAUAGCAGUCCAGUUAUAGUUCCACUUCCAGUCUAUUAGGCGGUGCGCAUCUGCAAUACAACAACAACAAAAUAACAUAUACAGCAAGAAAUGAACACGACGCGCACUGGUCGGUCUGUUGGACAAAGAAAAAAGAAAAUGAAAUGAUAUAAGAUGGCGUGUUAUGAUGGUCAGGACACGGUUAACAUGUUUUUGUCUGCUGUUUAUGUUUUUUGCCAACAUUAAAGCCAUAAAGGUCAUUGGUCGGGAUGGGACUGUAACAGCAGGAGAUGAUGCGCAGUUAUUCUGUGAAGCGAUCGAGACAACAGAGACUCUAACAACUAUUAGGUGGCAAAGACGAACAAAGAAAAACCCGACAAAUACAGAUUUUCUGGUUAUCACUUCCAGUGGCAAAGAACAUCAUAUUAACGGACUGAGGGACCGAGUAAAAUUUGCAGGGAACUUAGCAGUACUGGACGGCUCAAUCCUUCUUAGUAAUGUUACUCUUUUAGAUGAGGGAAUCUACACCUGCAUCUUCAGCGUAUUUCCAAGUGGACCAUAUAAAACAGAAAUUCGUCUCACAGUACAAGUUCCUCCUGUUGUCACUGUGGGCACUAAUGUUCCUGCUGUUGCUGGAGACACUGAAGGGAUUUUAGCGACCUGCACUGCAGCCAAUGCAAAGCCUGCAGCAGAAGUGUUGUGGAGUCUGGGUGCUUUAAACAACACGGCGAAAGUACAAAAUACUGUCACUGUGGACUCUGAAGAUAGAUACACUGUUAAAAGCAACCUGAUUGGAACUGCAUCUAAAGAUCUAAACCAGAAGAAGGUUCAGUGUGUAGUCACACACCCUGGCCUAAAGCAGGAACUGGAACUGAGUUACACAUUGGAUAUUCACUAUCCUCCCCAGGUGGUUUAUAUUAGUUCAGCAGGUGAUCAAGGGAAAACCUGUGAAUUUCUCUGUGAUACAGACGCUAAUCCAAAACCUACCAACUUUACCUGGGGCAGAUUUUUUCCAUUGAGCAAGACUCGUUCCAGUGGUGUUAACAGACUGGUUGUUCCGCUGACCCCUGGCAGUAACGGACCUUACUAUUGUGUGGCGUCUAACCAAUACGGGGAAGCUGUUGGUUCCCUCUAUAUGCAUGUUGAAACAUCUACAGAAUCUAAAACCUGUUUGGACUCUGUUCAUCCUGACCCUCGUUGCUGGGGUUUGCUGUUUUCUCUUUUGGAAAUUUGAAUUGUUUCAGCGUAUUAAUAAAAUACUGCGGCGUGAUAUCGGUCAACCUGUGCGUACGGAAUCUCCAGAUCGGGCAGAGGUCUGUGUGAAAUCCUUUAUUACAAUCUCUAUGGUCUUCUUUUGCUCGCCUAUAUUGGUGAUUACAUGGAAGAUGUUUUUUUUCUUAAGGGCAG